CGGCAGGCACCGCGCGCGCCGCUGCCGUCUCGCGCAACUUGUUCCAACUGCAUAAAACAACUUUCAUAUUAUAUCUAAGCGCUGUUCACGUGCAUCCACCAGACAGUGGCGACCCCUAUCGUAGACUCUACGCUUCUUAACCUUCGCGUGUUCUUCGUGAUAUCUCUUAACAACGGAACGAUAUAAAAUAUAGUGCGAAAAUUUGAAAUGAUUUGUGAUAGACGAGUGUUUGUAAAAUAGAUUUGGUGACAGCGGCGUACCGUCGUGAUGCUACAAGAUUGGUGUAGCUUUGACCGGAGCAUUGGUACAACAUAAUGAAGUUCAUUAGUUUUCAUUUAAGAGGAACAGUUGAAAAGAGAGGAAAUUACCAGAGCGUAAGACUACGAGCUUCGAAAUGCCACCUAAGCCCCGCACCGGUCUGCUAGGCGCCCUACAGAGGCUCACCCGCCCUCUCCUGUGACUAGCCAGACUUCGAGAACAAGGCACGGGCGGCGGAUUAGGCGUGGGGCGCGGCGCGUGGCGGCGGCGCGGGCGCGGGCGGCGCCAUGACGCGGCGCCCGCCACCAUGACGCUGCCGCCGCCCGCGCGCCCCGCGCACUACCCCGCCGCGCACCGCGCCAUGCGCUACUACCGCAUCUGGAUCUACGCGUGCAACGGGGCCCUGCUGCUGGGCGCGCUCGCCUUCUGUGCGGCGGCGGGCCGCGCGCUCGCCGACUACCGCCGCGCGCUGGUGCCCGGCCUCGGCGCCGCGCAGCCCGGCUUCCUCUACGGGUACGCGGCGCUGCCGGCGCAGGCCGGCCUGCUGCAACUGCUGGGCUGCUUGGCCGCUUUGCGACUCUCCGAGCGCAUGCUCAACGCCUACUGGCUGGCGCUCCUCGCGCUCCUCGUCGGCGAUGCCGCAAUAGGUGUCUACUGGGCGUUUCGAUUCGAACGCGUGUGCCGGGAGCUCCGACCCCAGUUGCGCGUACGCUUGGCGAGAGACUACGACUUGGACGCCGACUUCGCGGAGGCCUGGGACCGCCUGCAGAGAGAGCAGCGGUGCUGCGGGGUGACGGGCCCGGCCGACUUCACCGCGUUCAACCGCACGGCGCUGCCGCCCAGCUGCUGCCGCAUCCCCGCGCACUCGGCCGCCGUGACGCCCGCCGCGCUCGCCGCCACCUCCGCCGCGCCCGCGCUGCCGUUCACGCCGGCCCACUGCGUGCCGCACACCGCCGCCUGCGCCGAGCGCCUGCUCUCCUGGCUCCGGAGGACUGCGGACGCGUUGUUCGUGCUGGGCUACUGCGUCAUAGCGUUUCUGAAGUUGUGCUUCCUUGGAAUAUUGAGAUACGAGAUAAAAGAGAUGAUUCAGAAAAUUAGAAUAUUGAGAACGGAGCUAGGCGCGGGCGAGCUGCUCGACGGCAGUCCGAUGCACGGGGGGCCUCUGUCGCAGACGGUGGUCGUGAACGCGGUGAACGCGAACGGGGGAGUGCGCGCGCACGGCGGCAGCCCGGAGCGGGCGGGCGAAAGGGAAGCGCUGCUCGGGCGAGCGUCGGAGCCGUGCUCGCGGCGCAGCUUGCACGACGAGCCGCUCGGGCCCAAGACGGUGAACGGGAACAACAACUGCGAGAUGCGCGAGCUGGCGCGGGGAGAGUACCGGCCUCUGGCGGCGGACAGUGCGGCGACUCGAAUCUGACUAAGAUGUUACUUGGAGCGGUUGUUCGGGCGGCGAUGGCGCUCGUUCCCGGCGGACGGCUUCGAGGGGGAGCCCCCGGUGCUGCGCUCCCAGGCGUGCGCGCGCCGCGCCGGCGCCCGCGUGCGCCUCGACCACCGCCGCCACACGCGCUCCGAAUUCGAACUGUAACCUGUCACGUGACACCGCAGUGCUGCCCCGCAAUGACGGCCCCGCGGCCCCCCGAGGGCCCCCGAGGCCCGCGCGACACUGUCAAUUCAAUGAACCGAUGUAUGUGACUACGUGUAUUUUAUGUUCAUAAUAGUAUCACUGUUUUAGUGAAUGAAUAAUCCGUGUUGUUACUUUAGAUAUAUUGUGAUCUGCGUGAACUUUUAUUAUAAGUGGCAACGAGUAAUUUAGGUGAAGUAUCCCACGAGCAAAGCUUGUGUUUAGUUCCUAUGCUUGGCAGUUGACACUUUUGUUCGUAGAGUUCGUUUUAAUUUGCAAUAACGAUGGUGAAAGUACAAAGACGAGUUAUCGGAAACAUGCGUAGCUCCUCAAAGACGGUGUAGUGAGAGUGACUCGAAACGUGUACAUUACUAGAGAAUAUAAUAAUUAUUAAAUUAUUGAUUGUAUUAUUUUUUUAGGCUUAAGUCGUCAGCUUUUAAUUGUAUACCAAUAGAUUAAAAAUUAUACAUAUUAUAUCUACGUUGUGUAAGAGACAAAAUUAUCCUUUAUCGAUUCACUUACAUAAUGUUGUUUAGGUCACAUUAAACUGAUCAAAUUAUUGGUUUUUAUGUUUUUUUAAAUAUACAUGUAUAAUUAAUUUAUACACUCAUGCUAAUGCUUUAGCAAUUAUUAGUUCCUUUAUUCUAACGGUGUCUAUUAUUAUUUAUUCCGUUUGAAUUCCGUACAUUAUUGAUGAAUGUUGUCACUUUCUACGUACUCAUGUAAACCCAAUGUUCUUUGUUUGUGUUUAAUAGAUUUUGAGUAAUUAAGGAGUGGCUUUAAAUGAUUUGUAUCUAUAAAUCUUUAAACAAACCAUUUAAACAGACUAUCGCUGCGUCACCUCUUCGCUCGAAUAUGGCUGACACGCGUUCGCGUGUCUCUUGAUUUAUCAACAAUUUUAACUGUUUUAUCAAUAUCAUAAUUUUUCAAUGCUCCAAAAUUUGAUCAGAAAGUUUAACGUGACGUAACGUCAUCCUUUUGUUAAUUAAUAUACCUACUCGUAAAUAAAAAUUGUAAAUAUUAGAUCCGUUUUGUAUGUAAAUGUGUAGAAUGCGAGUUGUGCAUGGACAGGUCAACAAAAUAGUACUGAUAUGAGCUUAAACGACGUAGUGCCUAAGGAUAAAAUGCUUAUAACCAGUUUAAUAUGAACUACAAUACAAAACAACAUUUUCUGUUACUGUACUAGUGUAUUAUGGCGGAUCAGCCUAGUAAGUCAGGUAAUGGGAGCAUUCACGUAUUAGAUGGCUGUGUAAAAUAGGUGUAACCUAACCCCCCAGAUUAAUAAACAAUUAAACUUCGCACCCAGAUAUGUUCUAGGCUUUUUUCACUUAGCCUAUAAACUCUACUAGCGGACGCCCGCGAUUUCGUCCGCGUGGAAAUCAAUGUACCUAAACUUUCAAGCCCUAUUUCACAAUUAUUUCGUAUUUUUUUAUGAUUUAUGAACAAAUUUUUAAAACUGUAACUCUAAAAAUAAAGGAUUUUCCAUACAUAAUUUCAACCCCUAUUUCACCCCUCUUUUCAUUUUAUUUUCGCAAUAAAAAGUAUCCUAUAACCUUCUCCGUAUUAUGUUCUGAAACCGUGCUAAGUUUCAUUGGAAUUCAUUCAGUAGUUUCAGCGUGAUGCCCGAAUAACGAAAAAACACGGACAGACAGACAGACAAAAUAUCGAAAAAAAGGGCCAUACUUUGCGGCGUCUUUAUGGGCGUCUUUAUCGGCAAAAACCUUCAUCGACAAAAAUCUUCAUCGUCGGCAAAAAACCUUCAUCCAAUUCAAUAUUGUCGAGCCGAGGUUGUCCGGAUACGUACCACAGCGUAAAUAAUAUUUGUAUUACUUACGCUGUGGUGCGUUGGGCAAUAUUGCCCUACGCUGUGGUACGUUGUGCAAUAUUGCCCAAAUUGUUUGUGGACAAUAUAUUGGCAAUUAUUGUGUCUGAGGAGAACCUUAAUGAUGCUUCCAUAUUUGAAUGAAACGUAAUUUUAAAUUGGAACAGUCAUAGCUGUUCGAUAUUGUCGAAAACAUUUAUCAGGAAUUCGCGAAGAAAAUUAAAAAAAUUUUUUAAAACUUAACGUUCUACUGACCAACUUUUAAUCUAUGUUUAUUGUUUUCGUUUGUAAAUAUUUUUUUUCUUUAUCUCCUAUGUUGAUGAAACGAAGCCUAAUGUUGCUCCAGGUUAUGCUUAAUAUACUUGUGUGAAUCGCAUCAAUAUCGCUCCAGUUGUUUAGAAGAUUAGUGGGGACAGACGGACAGACAAAAAUUUCACAUUUAGGUAUAUAUUACACCCUUAAUGUCACAUUAUAUAAUUUAUAUACCCUUGAUUCGACAAAAUUAAUAACAAAAGAUUGUUAUUAUCAAGGUUACAACAAUUUUCCAUCUAAAUUUAAGCUAAGUGAAAUAAAGGGAAAAGAAAGGUUAGAGGGCCAAAUUGAAGCUUAAGUUUUUAUUAAUAGGGUUCAUUAUUACUUGGUCAGGAGGAGGAUAUUAUAAUAGGGCUCAGUAUGUUCAUAGCUGUUUCAAUUCAUAGUUUGAAUUUGCUACGCAGAGAGUUAGGGAGAGCGAAAUAUAUUACAAAAUGCGAGUGUGUACUCAUACUUGGAUAAAAAGAACUAGCAUGAUUUAGAUAAACACAGUAAUUAACCGUAAAAUAUAUAGGAUUUUUCAAAAGAACCAAUAAUACACAAUCUAGAUAAGUAUUCCAUAGACAAAAUGAUAAAAUUUAACAGAAUAGUAAUGGUAAAAAUGUCUACGACAACCACGUACUGAAAUAAAAAUAUCGUCAAUCGGUGAAAUGGGAAGCUUGACCUCAUCGAAAUCAGCCCAAGGGCCUAAGCCAUGUUGCAGGUCGAUUCUAUUUCUACAAACUUUAACACUACGAAAACUUAAAAACGUAUGAGAAUGACAUUUGCUAUCGCCAGGUCCCGUGAUCAAUUUUCGUUCGAUGUGUCAUUCCCAUACAUUUCGUUAAGUUUUUGAAGCGUUAGCGUUUGUAGAAUGAGAAUCGACGUGCCACAUGGCUAAGGCCUCAGGUGUUAUGAGAUAUAAGUAACUCCAAUCCAAAACAAUCAAGGGAAGAGUAUUUAGUAUCAAGAUAGGCCCAUAUAGACUGAGAGUCACUCAUUAUUUUUUUUUGUUCUUUGGCCUUUACGUUGUCCAAUCUGUAUGUAACACUACUUUAGCAAUGGCAGAUGACGUAGUGUAAUGCAGAAAAUUACAACAGUUGGUAGUUACUUCAAAAGAUAUCAAAUGACGUCAUAAGUUGUGUUUUGCGUGCUAUAACUUUUUUUGAUGUAAUAAUAAUAUUGUGAUAGGUACUAAUUGAUGGUUUUUUAUGUUUUAUGUCUAGUUUCUAGUGGAUAUGUAACACAAAGAAUUAUAUCAAUGGAAAUUGUAAAUUGUUUAUCAAACUAUGAGUUUGUAUUGGCUUACUGCAUUGAAACUACCCAACAAAUGUUCAGUAGGUGUACAAUUUCAGUUCAAUCACAGUUAGUACGCUAACUGCAAUUAAUCUGAAUUCUAUACGUAAUUUCGCAGUUGGCUAACAGUUAAAAUGCAGUUGGCUUGAAUAAAUUCGUAGCGAUAGAUGUUAAGCUAUUAAUAUAUAUUCUCAUAUAUACAGGAUGCUGGGGAGUAUUUUCCAUAACUUCAAGGCGUUGACGAGUCCACUUAUAGGAGAUAAACUGCAUAAAUAAUACUUUUUUAAUUGAAAAAUAAAUUUUUUUUAUGUAUUCAUACAAAGUAAUUCAAAUAAUUCUAUUCAUGUAACACACUAAUUCAUGCCUUUAUCUGUCCUUGCAUUUGAAAUUUUGAAGUUUGGCUACAUCAUAAUUAUAAGGACGCGUAUAGGGGACACAUUUUAAGAUCUAUUUACAAAAGAAAUAUUAUGUACUCCGAAAAUAUUUAUUUUAGAACACAUGUUCUUUGAACUUUUUUAAUUAAUUUUCGGUAAAGAACAUAACCCCAGAGUUACGGGAAAUACUCCCCAGCACCCUGUAUAAAUCAUCCAUCUAUCUGUGUGGCUGUAAGUAAAGAAACAUGUCUAGUUCUCUCGCCUGAAAACAUUGCCGUGGCGUUUUAUCCAUUUCGCAAAACUGCACAUAAAUUUGUACUUAUAUUAUGGUGUAACUUUUUAGAAAUAUUGUAAUGACUAUUGAAAUUAACUAUUACGUUCAGUGAUAUGUUAUUACUGUUAGUACGCUGUCUCGUUAAAACGAUUCAAUUUGACUGAUGUUCAAAUACCGGAGUCAUAUUGAAUCGCUUGCGUGUAUACUGGCCCGAUUUUCUAUGGCUCUACAUUAUUUAUCAAAUGACGUAACACGGUAAUGCAUGUGUAAAAGAUGUAGGUACGUAAAAAUGUCUAUAGUUUUAAGUUGCGUCAUUGUAAUCAUUAGGUGGGUCCGCUUUUUUGAUGCUGUUGUAUCUGGGUAUAUCCCUUCGAGUGUAAUAACAUCUCACUGACUACGUUCGCUUAGAGUAGGUAUAAUAUUUUGUGAAUUUAUGCAGAAGAAUAGUUUUUUAAUAUUGUUGUCACUGAAUGUACCAAUCUUAUUAAAAAUUUGUACCUAUAUUCGGAAAGUUGGAUAAUGUGUAGCUAGGAUCAAAUCUAAAUCCUGCAAUUUCUUCCAAAUGGUAAAAUAACAUGUGCCUUGGCUUAUAAAAUCGUAUAACUAACGUUGAGUUUACCUAUAAAAGAUUUCGAUAUUAAAUACCAUUGUUAAAUGGACCUCGGUACCUCAUCCCUGACGUGCGACCUAGUCUCCCUAUUACUUAUACCUUUUAUACUCUGAUGGCUGACCCUUUCUAUUAUUAAACAUUUUGUUACAUGAUUAUAUUACCUACAUAAAUACUCAAAUGUGAGUGCAAUAAAAGUAUAAUCUACCUUUAAUUGAGCGACCAGACUCUAGCCUACUAGAAACUAAAAAAAUAAAAAUCUGGCAGCUCAAUGGUUUAAAUUAUUUACAAAAUGCUAGAAUCAUCUUCAUUACCUGAAAUAGAAGAUGAUUUUAGAAUUUGGUAUAAAAUAUUAAUAAUAAAAACAAAUUAACAGUUUAGUAGUAAUAUACAAUAUGGCAAUAAAGUUAUCACUGAGGGUAUGAAAGUUUUUAAUAAAGUGGAAUUGACAACAUUUAAAAUUUUAUAUCUGCCUUCUAUGGCACAGUACUCGGAAGUUGAAGGACUAGCCCAUAGCCGAGUUCUUUGAAAGGGAUGAUUGUAAUUAUGAAUCGGAAGUUGAAAGACUAGCCCAUAGCCGAGUUCUUUCAAAGUGAUGAUUGUAAUUAUGAUUUUAUAUAAAUCACUUUUCACUAUUUUUGCUCAAAAACAUUGUCAUAUUACCACACAGCGGGGCUAAACAAGCAUUUCAGCCUCUAGGGGCUAAAAAGAUUUGUUUUUUUUUUUUUUAUCAAUUAGGAAUACCAGCCUACUAUAACACGAAGGAGUUUUUAUUCGUUAAUAGAAUCACUUUAAGUGGGCACGAGUACAUAUGUAAGACCCUGAUUGUUUGAUAAAAAAUUGAAAUUGGAACGAAAUGCAGCGUUCUUGUCUGUGGAAUGCGUGAUUUUUAUUAAUUUGAUUUCUAUUGAGUUGAGAACAUUGAAUACUGUACUGAAUUAUUUUAUUUACUCGCAAUCGUAGUGAAAAGUAUAGUGUAAUACGCGGGGCUAAAUCCAUUAUAAACUCUGUUUCUAUUUAGCGGCCCUCGCCUUACGGCUCGUGCCGAAAAUACCUCGUAUAUAAUGGGUCUUUUUAGCCCCUUGUAUAACAAUCUACUAUUGUAUGAUGUCUACUAUUGUAUGAGAUCUCUGCCGAGACUUGUAUGUAUAAACGGAGUAUUAUGUUAAAACGUGACCAGUCAAUUUACAAUUCUGCAGUACCUAACAAUUGAGAAAGGCAUUCACUUUUAAAUGUUGUCAAUCGUAGUAAGAAGUAGUUACACAAGACUCAUAUUAUCAGUUCGCUGGGUUUUACACCCUUUCUUGAUUGAAUAAAUUGAAUGGUAAAUAAAAAUGAAAUAAAAUAUUUGACGAUCUUACAGACUCUUUAAAGAAAAACCUGCCCGACGAACCGAUGGUAGAGUCACCAAUAGUCAAAACUGGACAUUCUGUUAUUUAUAAUAGUUUUUAUAGUUAUAAACAUACUCAAUGUUCUUAUAUAUGUUUUGUAACCGAUGUUUAGUGAAUUAUAUUAGUUUUUUAACAAUGGAUACAAACACUGAUUUAUAAACAUCUCGUUUUGAAAUAGUCUUGUAACAACUUUCCGAAGGUACGCACUAGGCGACUGAGCUAAUAUUAUCAUGAAUAAAUGCAUUAAAUAAAAUCUUUGUUAAAACGU